AGAUUAAUACUAUAACUGUAUUAAGAUUUAAUAACACAGUGAGCAAAGCCAGUGGGCAUUGAUAACACAUAAUAUGCAACAUCUCUGAAACCAAACGCAGAACAAACUAAUGGCACAUUUUAAAAUGUAAUAAUAGAUCCAGACCGCGGCGGACAGGAAAUCCGAGAUUCGGAGAAGAUGUCAUCCCAUCGCUAUCCCACCAAACCUGCUGCCAGUGAUCGCGAAGAUUCACCGUUAAAUGUCGUACAACCAAAUUAUCGCAAAGGUGAAGGAAGUGCAAGAAAAAAUACACAGCACCCUCAGGAAGCACCGAAAUUACACGUCAGGAAAGAUGAUUUGUCCAGUCACCCUCCCAAGACCCAUAAAUACUCUCCGCAUAUGUCUCCCGAGCCAUAUCAGAGACCAGGAGAAGACAACAGGUCAUUCCAGCCAGACUUGCCACCUCUACGCCCUGAUUCGUCCCAAUAUCUACAAGACAAAAGUGGAUACAUGGCUAUGCGCAGCGUACUCGAUGUCACAAACAAAGACACAUCGGGAACAAAUACCUGUGAGCGCGAUGAAGAUAAAGAGAUGAAGCCGGUAAAUGUUAAUGAAAAGAUACAACAAUUUGAUGAGCUUGUGGGUUGGAGAAAGUGGUCCAUAAAUAACAAACACAAUAUGAACGCGCAGAAAACAAACAGCCAGGAAAGAUUAUCCGACACGUUACAAUUUUUUGAAGAUAUCACUUGCUUUUCCCAUUCACGACCAUCUUUAUGCCCCUUGAGUCUGACCGUCAGUUAUCUGACCCAAUUCUCACUGUUUUACAACCAUCUGUUACUUUUUAGAAUCGAGUGCUCGUUCCUGUCAGGCGACUUUGAAAAGCGAUAA